AUGGCUUUCGUUCAUCAUCAACCGCGGCAACAGCGUCGAGAGCGUCAGGGCCAUGUCCCCGACUCGGUCUCCACCACCUACGCUUCGGCACAGCAUCGACAUGAUCGCGAGGUACCACAGGAUUGGAGCAUCGUCUUUCCUGGCAGGUCGCGUGAGGCGCCGCCAUCGCCGACCCUCCAGCAUGCAUCCAGCAUCACUCGCCGCCCAUCGUCACUCGCCUCCUCCUCGACAGAUCACAGCGACGACUCGGAUCCACUUGCACUCACGCUCCCGCCGCUUCACGAUGGAACCGGCCGAUUCCUCGCCUCUCCACUCAGCCCUUCCUCCACCGAUGCUGCUUCCGUCGAUGCAGCGCCCCAGCACAGCGGGGCAGACGACGAUCGCCUCUCCGACGCUCGUCACUCCGAAGAUGUGUUUCCAGAGUCUGUAUUCAGCGGCACCGACUCACAGCUCGAUGCGGAUGAAGAGCUCGGCUUCGGCUCAGGUUCCGAUUUCGACUUUGAGAGCGACGCUGCCGCCUCUUCCCAUCCUAGUCGAAGCUCCGCCCGACGAGGAGCGCUUCGCACAGCAUCGCGCAGACGGCCUUCCAAGUUGAGCCACGUGAGCAUCGGAAGCGACGAUGAUGAAAUCAGCGAAGCGGCACGAUCCCAGUCCCACAGUCACAUGCUUGGAAGCAAAGCGUGGUCUCUUCUGGGUCGCAGCAACGCAUUGGAGCGCGUCCCCGAAAGCCCCUCUGCUUCCACACAGCUCUACUCGAGCGCUCGCUCCAGUCGCCAGAUGGGACGAUCCCGUCGCCUUGGCAACGACCUCGCCGUUGUCUUUACCAGCGGCUCUGAACGAGAAGACAAUGACGGUCACGACCUCGACCGCUCGCGAGACACGGCACGUCACGAUGCCGAUGCGGCUUUCGACGCCGAUCUCGCGGUGAGCAACCUGGCUCAGAGUGCCGGGUUGUCCCACCUGGAGCACAGCGAUCUGCUUCGCCGACCCAAGCGCAGACACCGACGCUCGGCAGCCGGUCGUUCGAGCAAGCGCAGCAACACCUCGCAGUCGUUGCUCAGCAUCGAUUACGAGUCGCGCCUGCUCACGGGGCAUCACCGACACCAGGCCGACGGGCAUCGCCACGCUGAUGGAGCAGAGACGCCGCGAUCGUCGACACAGGCAUCGAGGAUGGUUCAAGAGCAUCCGUCCAAGACCACGCGAGUGAUCGGCACCAUCUUGCGCAAAGUGUUUGACCUCGAGCCCGAAGUGCUCGAAGCGUUUCUGCAGGAAGAUGCCGAGCGACAGCAGCGGUCUGGAGCGCAGAACAACACGGCUAGGACGUCUUCAAGGCCAGGUUUCGCCUUCGAGGCAGCAGAAGCGCCGCUGGCUUGCGCUCCGCUGUGCGAUGCAGCAGCGGCAGCGACGGCGUCAUCAUCAUCAUCUUCGUCCACGAUGAUGCUGGAUGGCCGGAGCGAACAUGAGCGUGUGCAGUCUUCGUCAGACGACCAGACCGAAGUCGAGGAACGAGGUAGCAUUGCGCUCGAUCCCUCGACAUCGCCGCUGUUCUCCAACUCGAAACCAGUCGAAGGCGAAGAGAUGGGUGACACGAGCGGACUGCGACUCACCGAAGCUGCUCUGCUCCAACGCGGGUCGGUGUCUACCCGUCGAGCAAGCGGUUCUUCUUCGCUGAUGGAGCCCACGACGAUGGAAGCGCUCUCUGCGUUUAUGAACACCAUGGUGAUGCCGGUACCCAUGCCGCUGCGAUUGCUUGGAGCGCUGUUCGGAUGGUCCAGCAUCUGGUCCUCUUCUGCGAGCAAGGUGGGCUCCGAAGAGCGCGAUGCAGCAGCAACGACAGCGACGAUGGGGGAGCAGGAGGAAGAUGAGGCAGCUAAAAGGGAUGCAGAGGAAGAACGCAGGUACAGGUACGAACGGCUGCUCAGUGCGCAACAGGCCAAGGCGUGGAGUAGGAGGUACAGGGGGAUCCUCUUUGCCAACGUCGACGACGAGGAGCCGAGUCCGGAUGUGCCGGAGCUGUGGAGGGGCGAGGAGCAUCCUGCGAUCGCUGGACAGAGGGAUGUGUGA